CUUGUAUCAUGAAAACAUAUGCCCCUUAAAGUUGUCUCAUAUUAACUUUUUGUGUCCCGAUGCAAUUUCUUGUGCCACAAUGAAGAAGAAUCGUUUAAGCGUUAUUGACUAUAUAAAAGAUGCUUUCUUAAAUGAAAGGAAAAAGGAUGUGCAGUCAAAAUUCUUGUUGGCCCCCUACCAUGAAGGGAAUCAUUGGGUUCUUAUCGUCCUUGAUCUUGUCCUUGGCCUAGCAUACGUGUUUGAUUCGGCCACUCCUCCCCCUCCCGGGACACAGAAGUUAGAAGGGUUCAAUUGUAUACAAAUGGCAUAUAGAAUUUAUUGGACUAAUCUUGAAAAUGACAAACGGAAGAUUAAGUCACAAAAGUUACGAUUCAUACAGAUGAAGUGUGCUCAACAAGUUGAUGCAGUGGAUAGUGGUUAUUAUGUGAUGAAAUACAUGCAUGAUGUUGUCACAGUAUACAAUGAAUACAAGGAUAAUUUGUCUGAGGGUUAUGUACAAAGAGAAAUGCCAUAUUCUGAUGAGGAGUUAGAAGAAACUCGAGAACAAUGGGCAAAGUAUUUUAAGGACAACUAUUUGAUGGAUGCCGGCGAAUGAGUUUGUUGUGAUCUAGUAAUG